UGCAUUUUUUUGGGUUCGAUCGGUGCUUUAUCUGAAGGCUGUAUAUAUAGACUAAUUAAAAUGUCUCUGUAUUAUUGUCAGGAUGGCGGGAUUUUAUACUACUAUAGCAUCUAAAUGGUAAACAGUGAGUUGUUGAGCCUGUAUGGUUCAAAUGCAAGAACAAGAGACGUGGCUUUCUGCAUGAUUGAUAUUUUUAAUGGUUAUGCAGAAAAACAGGACUUUAAAAAUUCUUUAAGAAUUUCACCAUGUCUGGCUUGACUCCAGUGGACGAGACUGCUGGUGAUAUUCCUGUCCGAGACAUCACUUUACACCUCAACAGGGCAGGCACACCAGGUUUAGAGAAAGAAUCACUGCUUUGCCGAAAUGCCCGAGACAGGCAAACUGUGGCGAAGAUCAGCCGAGAGGAGCUGGAGGACCGCUAUCUGCGCCAGCAGGAGGAAAACCUCGCCCUUAAACAGCACUCACACAAACAGGAGGACAAGAUUAAGAGGAUGGCUACCAAGCUGAUCCGCCUGGUGAAAGACCGUAAGCGUGUAGAACAGGCCUCUUCAGGAGGCCAAGUAAUAGCAGGUCGGAACAUUGAGAUGGAGGAGAUGAUUGAAGAGCUGCAAGAGAAGAUUCAUGAACUGGAGAAGCAAAAUGAUGGACUCAAGCAGCGUCUGCUCACAGCAAAACAGCAGCUUCAGACCCAGAGUCGUCGGCCAACCCCUUAUAGUCACGUUCAAUCCCGCAUUAACUCAGGAUUGCACAGAUUUCGGAAAAACACACCUGUACCACCUCAGCAGCCAGUAACACCAAGAGGAGCAGGACCUAGACAUGUGGAGGGGGAAAUGAGCAGUAAACUCCCACAGGGGCUUUUACCUCGCUAUGGACAUAGUCUUCUGGAUGAGGCGCGCUCAGAGAUCCGUAAUCUGGAGAAUGUGAUAGAAAUGCAGAGAACGCAGAUGGAAGAGAUGGAGAGAUCAGCAGAGAUGUUGAGAGAGCAGCUGCGGAUGAAGGAGAGGGAGUAUGAGGAGUCUCUCCUACAGCUAAGAGAGCAGCAGACCACUGGCCAGAGGUCGAACAUUAAAGACAACGUGGAGAUGAUAAAGCUGCAGAAACAACUGGCUGAUAAAGGAAAUUCUUUCACUGUGCUGGAGGGAAGAUUCCUUCAACUGCAAGAGAGCCAGAAGACCCUGAAGGCUAGCCAUGAUACAGCGAUGGCUAAAGUGGAUGAGCUGAUGGGACAGCUGAAAGAAGAGAGGUUUAGGAGUCUGGGCCUGGAGAAUCAGUUACAAACUAAAGCACUGCAAGAGAGGAGGGCUUCUGAGUUGCUUGAGCAAAUUCGGGAUUUGGAGAAGGAGAGAGACUUGCUCAAAGAGAACUGUGACAAGUUAGUGAACAGUGCCUUUGAUGUUAGCCAAGAACAGAAGUGGAAGACCAGAGAGCAGCAGCUCAAACUGCAGAUUGCUCAGCUGGAGAUGGCGCUGAAAUCUGACCUCACUGACAAAAACCAAAUCCUGGACAAGAUUAAGGCAGAGAGAGAUUUAAAUGACAAGCUGCUAAAGGAGAAUAAAGAACUUCAACGCAUCUGUCUGGAACAGAAGCAAGAGUUAGAUGAAAUAAAGGAUCGCAUGAAGUUCUUUACAAAGGAGAGUGAAAUAGAUGCUGCUGAACUCAGUGAAGCGCUGAUGCUCAUGAAGGUGCGUAAAACGCAAAAGAAUGGAGAGUUAGGUUUCCUGGAAAAAGUAGAAGAAGAGGUUCAAAUAGAUGAAGAGCACUCACUGAGAGAUCUCCAGGCCACUUACGCUGAAACUGUCCAAGAGCUGGAGAAGACAAGAAACAUGCUCAUCAUCCAGCACAAGAUCAAUAAGGAUUACCAGGCUGAAGUUGAAGCAGUUACACGAAGGAUGAAUGAUCUGAAGCUGGACAGUGAACUUAAACAGGAGAAACUGGCCCAGCUCCUCGACAUGAGAGCUGCAAAGAUAAAGAAACUUGAAGCUCAAUUGAAAGAUAUUGCCUAUGGUAAAAAGGCCCAUGUCUUCCGACCCACCAUCACAGAUGAUGAUGUGGCUGAUGAGUUUGAUGAAACCGUACACCUGGCUCGAGGAGAGAACCUUCUGGAGAUCCACCUUGGCACUGCACGAUUCAGUCCUGAGGCUCUGGACAGUCUGGGUGACAAAGACCCCGGCACUUUCUGCACUUUUGCCUUUUAUGACUUUGAGCUACAGUCCACGGCUGUGGUGCGAGGGCAGCAGCCAGUUUAUGAUUUCACCUCCCAGUACCUUGUGAAGGUGGAUGAUCUCUUCCUGCACUAUAUCCACAGCAGCUCCAUCACUGUGGAAGUACAGCUGGCUGAGUGCCUGACUUUCUGCACCAUAGCUACAGGACAGAUACAGCUGAGUCAGGUGCUGGAGAGGGAUGGGAAAGUGUUUGGCACCCUGCAGCUCGUAGGAGUUAGUGGUGAGAUCCGAGUUUUUGGCACUCUAGACUACUGGCUCAGACUGCGGGUUCCUAUGGAGCAAGCCCUUCGUCUGUAUAAGGAGAAAGUCAAAGCUCUGGGUUAUCUCAACUCCAGCGGUAAAGAAAAGAGCCAGGCUUCGUCUGCCCCUCUCUCCAGCUCUUCGUUUAAAGAUGGAAACCCAAACGAACUCUACAUCACAAUACACUGCUGCAGUAAGCUAAAAUCUGGAGGAUCUCAUACACAGCCCAGUCCAUACGUCAUUUUCAAACUCUAUGACUUCCCUGACCAUGACACAUCAAUCAUUCCUUCCACCAAUGAGCCACGGUUUGAAGAUCACACGACUUUUCCCAUGACCAUGAACUCUGACCUCGAUGCAUAUUUGAAGGCAGAGGCUUUGACCCUAUAUGUGUUUGAUGACCUGGAUUUUGGGAAUCAGCUCUACCUGGGCAAAGCCAAUGUGCCGCUAAUAUCUCUAGCUUAUGAUAAGGCAAUCAUUGGCACAUUUGAGCUAACAGACCCAGCUGGUCUGCCCAGUGGCUACAUAGAGGUGACUCUUAAAUGGAAGUUUACAUACUUGCCUCCUUCUGGCUUAGCAACAACAGAGCAGGCUAAGUUUAUCACCAAAGAGGCUUCAAUCAAGCUAGCAACUGAUGAAUCUGGAAAUAUGAAUGAAGUCGAAGUGAAGGAAAUUAUUCCUGCUAUGACCCCUUUGCCGAAGCCCAGAUUGCGUACCCUUACGAAACCAGCUGCUAAAAAAGUUUCAUUCUUAAAUGUGACACAGCCUGAAAUCCAGAAGAGAGAAACUACUCCCCCCAGUGGUGAUAAGGAGAACAAGCGCUCUACUCUUGCAAUAUCAAAGGAGACUGUAGGAGUGGUUGAGGCGCGCCAGACCUCUGCAGUAACAGAGGAAGAUGAUGAUGAAGAAUCACAUUUUUCAGAGGGCCAGAUUGUCAUGGUCAGCUCUCAGUCUGUAUCUGAUGACACUGAGAUUUCUGAGGAGCUGGAAGAGCCAGAAGAUGACAUACUGCCAGCGGUGUGCUCAGAUCUGAGUGAAUCGAUCCUUUCAGACAGCGAUGAUUGCAUCGUGCCUGCUCGGUCUACCCAGGCCAGGAAACAGCCAUCUGAGCGGAUCCGUGUGGAGGUUGUGUCUCUGAACCUGAAGCCAAACUCCAGGGUCUCUACGGACUCUAGUGUGGUCAGGCUGUUUGUGGAGUUUUAUUUUCUGGACCUGCCUUCAGAGGAGACGCCACUGUCGCUGCCCAAACCACUGCCUGGACACAGCAUCUACUACAACUACAGCCAUGUGAUCCAUGUGGAUGUGGAGAAAAACCAGGCCAGACGCCACAUGCUUAAAGCAGUACUAGAAGGCAGGAACCGAAAGCUAGAGAACAUCAGGUUCACGGUCGUGAGCGAUCCGCCUGAGGAAGAGGAGCAGGAAAAGGAGUGUGAGGAUGUGGGUGUGGCCUAUUUUCGGAUCUCUGACAUUCUGAUGAAGCAGAGGGACAUGAUAGACAUCAGCCUUGAUGUUGUCGAUGUGCAGAACAGCACUGAAGUAGUGGGGAGCCUGAAGGUGACUGUAGAAGCUCUGGAGGCUCUCCGAUCCAUCAUGGAGGAUCCAGACCAUGAUCACUCUAAGCUUGAGUUGGAAAGAUAAUUGCAGAGGAACAGCUGUACACAGCCUGAUGAAGCAGUCAGAAAAACUGAUGUGAAUAAAUCAGGUGAAGUUAGUGGGUUUGUUAACAUUGCAGUGUCAGAGCCAGGUGAAAUCAGAAUAGUGGAUGUCAUCGUGUGUUGUGCAUGAAACUGGUGGAAAAUUGUUGAUAAAAUUGUCACACACUGAGACUCACGAAUCUAUGAUUUUCUUUCUCAAAGCAUAACAGGGAUGACAUACCUGUAAUGUUCAUCUUCAGAGAUCUCAUUCUCAUCUCAUUAUCUGAAGCCGCUUUAUCCUGUCCUACAGGGUCGCAGGCAAGCUGGAGCCUAUCCCAGCUGACUACGGGCAAAAGGCGAGGUACACCCUGGACAAGUCGCCAGGUCAUCACAGGGCUGACACAUAGACACAGACAACCAUUCACACUCACAUUCACACCUACGGUCAAUUUAGAGCCACCAGUUAACCUAACCUGCAUGUCUUUGGACUGUGGGGGAAACCGGAGCACCCGGAGGAAACCCACGCGGACACGGGGAGAACAUGCAAACUCCGCACAGAAAGGCCCUCGCCGGCCAGUUAAUUUGCAGGUGAAAUUAGAGUCAAGUGUUUUCAAUCAAUGGGAUGACAAUCAGGUGUGAAUGGGCACCCUGUUUUAUUUAAAGAACAGGGAUCUAUCAAAGUCUGAUCUUCACAACACGUUUGUGGAAGUGUAUCAUGGCACGAACAAAGGAGAUUUCUGAGGACCUCCAAAAAAGCAUUGUUGAUGCUCAUCAGGCUGGAAAAGAUUACAAAACCAUCUCUAAAGAGUUUGUACUCCACUCCAUUCAAGACCAUUGUUACCCUUCCCAGGAGUGGUCGACCAACAAAGAUCACUCCAAGAGCAAGGCGUGUAAUAGUUGGCGAGGUCACAAAGGACCCCAGGGUAGCUUCUAAGCAACUGAAGGCCUCUUUCACAUUGGCUAAUGUUAAUGUUUAUGAGUCCACCAUCAGGAGAACACUGAACAACAAUGGUGUGCAUGGCAGGGUUGCAAGGAGAAAGCCACUGCUCUCCAAAAAGAACAUUGCUGCUCGUCUGCAGUUUACUAAAGAUCACGUGGACAAGCCAGAAGGCUAUUAGAAAAAUGUUUUGUGGACGGAUGAGACCAAAAUAGAACUUUUUGGUUUAAAUGAGACACGUUAUGUUUGGGGAAAAAGGAAAACACUGCAUUCCAGCAUAAGAACCUUAUCCCAUCUGUGAAACAUGGUGGUGGUAGUAUCAUGGUUUGGGCCUGUUUUGCUGCAUCUGGGCCAGGACGGCUUGCCAUCAUUGAUGGAACAAUGAAUUCUGAAUUAUACCAGUGAAUUCUAAAGGAAAAUAUCAGGACAUCUGUCCAUGAACUGAAUCUCAAGAGAAGGUGGGUCAUGCAGGAAGACAACGACCCUAAGCACACAAGUCGUUCUACCAAAGAAUGGUUAAAGAAGAAUAAAGUUAAUGUUUUGGAAUGGCCAAGUCAAAGUCCUGACCUUAAUCCAAUGGAAAUGUUGUGGAAGGACCUGAAGCGAGCAGUUCAUGUGAGGAAACCCACCAACAUCCCAGAGUUGAAGCUGUUCUGUACGGAGGAAUGGGCUAAAAUUCCUCCAAGCCGGUGUGCAGGACUGAUCAGCAGUUACCGGAAACGUUUAGUUGCAGUUAUAGCUGCACAAGGGGGUCACACCAGAUACUGAAAGCAAAGGUUCACAUACUUUUGCCACUCACAGAUAUGUAAUAUUGGCUCAUUUUCCUCAAUAAAUAAAUGACCAAGUAUAAUA